CCGCCGCCCGCGGUGGCGGCGGCGACCCCGGCGCCGUGCAGGUUUGUGUCUCCAGCCAGCCUAAUUGGAUUACUGGGUCACUCCACUCGCCACGGGCUCUGCAGGACUGGGACUGGUCCCAGGGGCUCUGCAGCUGAUGUGGGCUGACAGCCUGCUGAGCCUCGUGGUCCCUUGGGGAGUCUCCCUCCAAACCCUUCAGUGGGAUCUCUGCAGACGGCGCUGUCAAACUCCGUCCCUCUGGAGCUGCUGUGUUCACCUGGGAGCUGUUAGACCUCUGGAAAACAAGAGAUCGUGCCAAGGAGCUACGUGGGACACCAAUGUUUCCCUUUGGUCCUGUUUGCUGCUGCGACAGCCUCAUACCGUGACGCCAUGGGCAACGCGGAGAGCCAGAGCGUGGAGCACGCCUUCUACGGGGACAAGCAGCCGGGGCUGGGCCGCAAGCACACGUCGCGCUCGCUGCGCCUCUCCGGCAAGGCCUCGCGCCGCACGCGCCACGCCUCCUCGGGCAAGGUCAUCCACCGCAACUCCGAGGUGAGCACGCGCUCCAGCAGCACCCCCAGCAUCCCGCAGUCGCUGGCCGAGAACGGCCUGGAGCCCUUCGCCCCCGAGGCCAACCUGGAGGACUUCGGCAGCGCCAUGUGGGUGGAGCGCGUGGACAUGGGGCUGCGGCCCGUGUCCUACCACACGGACUCCUCGGUGACGCCCAGCGUGGACGGCAGCACGGUGCUGACGGCCGCCUCCGUGCGCAGCGUGCCCGGCUCGGAGGAGAGCCGGCUCUACGGGGACGAGCCGCCCUUCCUGGCCGAGGGUGACGGGCGGGCGCUGCGCUACGCGGCCAACGGCGCCGCCUUCGCGGACGCGGCCGGCUUCAAGAAGAAGCGCUCCAAGUCGGCCGACAUCUGGCGCGAGGACAGCCUGGAGUUCUCGCUGUCCGACCUCAGCCAGGAGCACCUGACCAGCAACGAGGAGAUCCUGGGCCUGGCCGAGGAGAAGGACGCCGAGGCCGCGCGGGGCCCGGAGGCGGGCGGCAGCCCCCAGCCCCUGGUUGCCUGCCAGCGGGCCAACUCCAUGAGUGACUUGUAUUCCCCCAAAACCCCCAGUGCCGCCGUCAACGGGGGCCCCCGAAACGCCUUCGGAGGGUACUGCCGGAGCCUGGUGUCCGACAUCCCCGAGCUCGGGAGCCAUAAGAUGGCUUCGGUGACCGCCGAGGACGCGCCUUCCUCCUACAGCAACUACAACACGCUCCCCUGCAGGAAGUCCCACUGCCUCUCCGAAGGGGCCUCCAACCCCCAGAUGAGCCAUAGCAGCAGCAUGCAAGGCAGAAGGGCGAAAACCACCCAGGACGUCAACGCGGGCGAGGGCAGCGAGUUCACCGACAGCGGCAUCGAGGGCGCAGCCACGGACACGGAGCUGCUGUCGCGGCGCUCCAACGCCACCACGGCCAGCUACUCGCCGCCCGCCGGCCGCGCCUUCAUCGGCAGCGACAGCGGCAGCAGCUCGGCGGGCGACGGGCUGCGCCAGGGCGUCUACGAGAACUUCCGCCGCGAGCUGGAGAUGAGCACCGCCAACAGCGAGCACCUGGAGGAGGCGGGCUCGGCCCUGAGCGACGAGCAGAGCAGCGGCACCCUCAGCUCGCCCGGGCAGUCCGACAUCCUGCUGACGGCCGCGCAGGGCACCGUGCGCAAGGCCGGCGCCCUGGCCGUCAAAAACUUCCUGGUGCACAAGAAGAACAAGAAGGUGGAGUCGGCCACGCGCAGGAAGUGGAAGCACUACUGGGUGUCGCUGAAAGGCUGCACGUUGUUCUUCUACGAGACGGACGGCAGGUCUGGCAUCGACCACAACAGCAUCCCCAAGCACGCCGUCUGGGUGGAGAACAGCAUCGUGCAGGCCGUGCCCGAGCACCCCAAGAAGGACUUUGUCUUCUGCCUCAGCAACUCCCUGGGCGACGCUUUCCUCUUCCAGACGUGCAGCCAGACGGAGCUGGAGAACUGGAUCACGGCGAUCCACUCGGCCUGCGCCACCGCCGUGGCGCGGCAGCACCACAAGGAGGACACGGUCAAGCUGCUCAAAACGGAGAUCAAAAAGCUGGAGCAGAAGAUCGACAUGGACGAGAAGAUGAAGAAAAUGGGUGAAAUGCAGCUGUCCUCCGUAACAGACUCCAAGAAGAAGAAGACCAUACUGGAUCAGAUCUUCGUGUGGGAGCAGAACCUGGAGCAGUUCCAGAUGGACCUGUUCCGGUACCGCUGUUACCUGGCCAGCCUGCAGGGCGGGGAGCUGCCCAACCCCAAGCGCCUGCUGGCCUUCGCCAGCCGCCCCACCAAGGUGGCCAUGGGCCGCCUGGGCAUCUUCUCCGUGUCGUCCUUCCACGCGCUGGUGGCGGCUCGCACGGGGGAGUCGGGAGUGAGGAGAAGGACACAGGCCAUGUCCAGGUCUGCCAGCAAGAGGAGGAGCAGGUUCUCUUCUCUCUGGGGGCUGGACACUACCUCGAAGAAAAAGCAGGGGAGGCCGAGCAUCAACCAGGUGUUUGGAGAAGGAGUGGAUUCAGUGAAGAAAUCUCUUGAAGGGAUCUUUGAUGACACAGUCCCGGAUGGCAAGAGGGAGAAAGAAGUGGCCCUGAGCAGCGUCCACCAGCACAACCCCGACUGUGAUAUUUGGGUCCACGAGUACUUCACGCCCUCGUGGUUCUGCCUGCCCAACAACCAGCCUGCCCUGACAGUCAUCCGGCCUGGGGACACCUCCCGGGACGUGCUGGAAAUGAUCUGCAAGACACACCAGCUGGACUGCUCUGCUCACUACCUGCGCCUGAAGUUCCUCCUGGAGAACCAGAUCCAGUUCUACGUGCCAAAGCCAGAGGAGGAGAUCUAUGAGCUGCUGUACAAGGAAAUAGAAAUCUGUCAGAAAAUUACCCAGCACAUUCAGAUGGAGAAGUCUGAUGCAUCCUCUGAUAUUUAUGGUUUCUCUCUGUCCUCCGUGGAAGAGGAGGGGAUUCGCCGGCUGUACGUGAACGGCGUCAAGGAGACGGGCCUGGCUUUCAGGAAAGGCCUGAAAGCUGGGGAUGAGGUGCUGGAGAUCAACCAGAGAGCUGCUGAGGAGCUGGACUCGGCGCUGCUGAAGGACGCCCUGGUGCAGCCCUCGCUGUGCCUCACCGUGCGCACCCACCCCGAGCCAGAGGAGGCCCAGAGGCUGGGCCAGCCCCCGCCACGGCGCCCAGAGAACCCCCCAGAGGCCGGGGACAGCGCCCUGCCCUUCCCCGGGGGCAGCCAAGGGCACUCCCUCUGCAGUGACCCCGACAGCUCGGCCGAGGCGGCCCCGGAGGAGGCGGAAGCGCAGGACCUGGAGUCGUCCGAUGAGGCCGAGAAGAUGAGCAAGAGCACAGAGCAGGUCGCAGCUUUCUGUCGCAGUCUGCAUGAAAUGAACCCCUCUGACUGCAGUGCUCCCCCCCAGGACUGUGCAGGGCCCCAGCUGAGCACCAUGAGGCAGCUCACGGACGCAGACAAGCUGAGGAAGGUCAUCUGUGAGCUCCUGGAGACCGAGCGCACCUACGUCAAGGACUUAAAUUGUCUGAUGGAGAGAUACUUGAAGCCUCUACAGAAAGAAACCUUCCUCACACCAGAUGAGCUGGAUGUUCUCUUUGGGAAUCUGACUGAAAUGGUAGCAUUCCAGGUAGAGUUCUUGAAAACUCUGGAAGAUGGAGUAAGGCUGGUUCCAGACCUGGAAAAGCUUGAAAAAGUUGAGCAAUUUAAGAAAGUGUUGUUCUCCCUGGGUGGAUCCUUCCUGUACUACGCUGACAGGUUCAAGCUGUACAGUGCCUUCUGUGCCAGCCACACGAAAGUCCCCAAAGUCCUGGUGAAAGCCAAGACAGACACUGCGUUCAAGGCGUUCCUGGAUGCCCAGAACCCGCGCCGGCAGCACUCCUCCACCCUGGAGUCUUACCUCAUCAAACCCAUCCAGAGGAUACUCAAAUACCCCCUGCUGCUCAAGGAGCUCUUUGCUCUCACUGACGUGGACAGCGAAGAACAUUAUCACCUUGAUGUGGCCAUCAAAACAAUGAACAAAGUUGCCAGCCACAUUAAUGAAAUGCAGAAAAUCCAUGAAGAAUAUGGGGCAGUGUUUGACCAACUCAUAGCGGAACAAACCGGGGAGAAAAAAGAGGUCGCCGACCUUUCCAUGGGGGACUUGCUCUUGCAUAACACAGUGAUAUGGCUGAACCCUCCUGCUUCCCUGGGCAAGUGGAAGAAGGAACCUGAGCUGGCAGCGUUCGUGUUCAAAACUGCCGUGGUCCUUGUGUACAAGGAUGGUUCCAAACAGAAGAAGAAACUCGGAGGAUCACACAGAGCCUCAAUUUAUGAAGACUGGGAUCCGUUCCGGUUCCGCCACAUGAUCCCUUUGGAAGCGCUGCAGGUGCGGGCCCUGGCCAGCGCAGAUGCAGAGACCAAUUCUGUGUGUGAGAUUGUCCAUGUCAAAUCUGAGUCUGAGGGCAGGCCAGAAAGGGCAUUUCACCUCUGCUGUAGCUCUCCAGAACACAGGAAGGACUUCCUGAAGGCAGUGCACUCCAUCCUGCGGGACAAACACAGAAGGCAGCUCCUUAAAACCGAAAGUUUGCCCUCCUCCCAGCAAUACGUUCCUUUUGGUGGAAAAAGAUUGUGUGCCCUAAAAGGUGCAAGGCCAGCCAUGAACAGGGCAGUGUCAGCCCCGAGCAAGUCUCUGGGGAGGAGGAGGCGGCGGCUGGCCCGAAACAGGUUUACCAUUGACUCAGAGGCCGUCCACGGCAGCAGCCCCGAGAAAGAGCCCGCGCAGGGAGGGGACACUGACCGCUGGGUCGAGGAGCAGUUCGACCUGGCGCAGUACGAGGAGCAGGAGGACAUCAAGGAGACCGACAUCCUGAGCGACGACGACGACUUCUGCGAGGCGGCGCGCGGGGCGCAGCGCGAGCUGCGGGAGCGGCUGCAGGCCGCGUCGCUGGCAGGCGGCCGGCGGCCCGAGCGGCCCUGCCCGCCCGGGGACACGCACGCCGCCAGGAUGGCCCAGCUGAGGAAGCAGGCGGCCCUGCCCGCCAUCAACGGCGCCGCCGAGGGCCACGGCGAGGAGGUCAUCUGGGUGCGGCGGGAGGACUUUGUGCCCGGCAGGAAGCUCAACACCGAGCUCUGAAGCGGCCCCGGCGCCGCAGGUGUCCCCGAACCCCCUCCGUCCCUCCCGUGACCCCCCCGGAUUGCACACUUGCACACACCGUUGCGGCAGCUCGACUGGUCCGAAGCCACGCGGCCACGCUUCAGGCAACCGUCAAACGCUCAAAAACCGGGAAGGAAACGAGCUUGAGGUCCUGUCUUACGUUAACCAAGGGCUUUCACACUAUUUUAUUUAUUCUAAAACAAUCAGGGGCUGAAAUUGAGUACGGGGAGAACGUAAUCACUGGAAAACCAAUUGCUCUGGGUGUCUUAACCUCUGUGCAGCGAGUCGGCUCCAGCGGGAGCGCGAGGACAGAGGGGUUGGUGGCCGUGAAAGCCGUCGGUGGUAGGCUCAUCUCCUUCACGAGGAAACUGCCUUUUUAACCUGUACAGUUGCAGUAUUCUGACUCCCUUUCCCUCUCUAAAUGUAAGAGAAUAUUCAUGUAUUUUAGGAACGCGUGAGGAAAGGUUUGGGAUUUAUGUUGUGUUCAGUCCUCUUGGUCUGUGGCUGGUCUAAUUUAAUGUCAAUGUUGGAAGCUCUAGUUUUACAUACUCUUGUAAAGAUGCCAAACUCUCUUAAAAGAGAUCCAAAUUUAACACUUGAAGAAAUAUUUUUUUGUAUUUUACCUGAGAUGCAGGGGCACAAAGGGGUAAGAGAUUUAGGGUAGCUCCACGUCUAGGAUACGAGGCUAGCUUUUUGCAGAGGGUUAGGAAUGGUGGUUUUAUAUUUAAAUAUGAACUGGAAACUCUUAUUUAGGUAUAACUUUCUUCAGGAAAAGGUUUAUUGUAUAUGUUUGAGACUGGAGUUUAGUUAGCUAUUAAAAAGAAUAAUAAAUAAAAUUACAUGACUGAAUUGCAGUGCAGCAAAGGGAUCUGUGGUGUGCCCUUGCUGGAGCCACAGAUCCCUUUGCUCCUCUCUCUCUGGCAGAGUUUGGGCUUAGGGGACAGGGAAUUCAUGGCCAAAAAACUGACCUCACCCACUCUCCUCCCGUGGGUGAAACUAGUGUAUUUUAAUUCCUUUAUACAAGCUUUUCCACUGCAAUAGAGGAUGAAAAAAGUUCUACACAAGUAAACUUCUUUAACAUUUUAAAUCUUUUAUUUAAACAUCUAAAACAGGGUAAAAAUGUGACUAAAAUCUCGUGGUUUUUAAGUAGACUUCCAAAUACGAAACACAAAAUAGCACUUUUUUUUUUUUUUUAGGAUUUAUAUAGCUUUCCCCAUUGCAGUCUCACCUAUAGGGAAAAAAAAAAAAAAAGGAAGAUUAUAUGAAAUUUUGUUUGGUAUCUAUUGAUGUUUGACACAUCAGUAGCGACUUCGAGAACCUGAAAUUUUAUAAUAGCCUUAGGAUUAUAUUUUAUAAAAUCCACUCUGACUAUAUUUUAAAACAUAACAAAAAUCAUCCCCUCCCCCCAAAGCAUCCAUCACUGUCCGUGUGUCCCAGCUGGCAUCCUCCCCUCGCCCCCUCCCUCCCCUGGUUUCUGGUGCACUAUACUUGACUUAUGAAAGCUUUCUCUAGUAAACUUUUUGCUAUCUCCUGGUUUCUUUUCGUAAGAGCUUUAGAAGAGUUUCUACCCCCUUUGUAUGAUCACACGGUUGUUUUUGUACCAUCACCUGUCGGUCGUGUCCCACGUGCUGGAGGGUUUGGCUGUCCUGGGCUGCUCCCAGAGGAUGCAGUCAGCACUCAAAUACUGGAAGGCAGGUACUGGGAAGGUACCGUGGCUCUUGUACAUAAUGUCAUGACAUGUCUAUGUCAAAGGUUCUUAUAUAUUUCUUUUAUAAGCUGAAAGAAGGUCUAUUUUUAUGUUUUUAGUUCUAUGAAUGGAACGUUGUAAAUGCCUGUCGGAAAUAAAAUACUGGAGGAAAAAA